CUCUCUCUCUCUCUCUCUUUCUCCAUCUCUUUCCCCUUAGCUCUCUUGCUUUGUGGGUUCUUCUUUGUGUAUAUAAAUAUAUGCAUAUACACAUAGGAAGAUAUGAUGGGUUACGAGCACAUGAAUCAGAUGACAAUGACGACAACGGGGAUGAUGAAGAAUUUCAAUAAGGUGGGACCAAUCAAUAUUCCACGUAAGAAAACGACGAGGAGAAGUGUAUCGGCCAUUGAUGGUGGUGCGGCGGCGACAGCUGCUGCGGCUGGAGAAGGAGAUCGCCCGCAGGAUCUCAAGACUCUUGAUCUCAGCGGGAUGUCCUUGGCUUCCCUCUCAGCAUCUUCUAUCAACUUAGCUUCAAUCUCAAAACUCGAUCUCUCCAACAACAAUAUUCAGCAAAUUCCGGAGUCUCUAGUAGCGAGAAUGUUAAAUUUGUGGAAAUUGGAUUUGCAUUCUAAUCAGCUCAAAACGCUCCCCAACUCCAUUGGAUGUCUUUCCAAGCUUAAGGUACUUAAUGUCUCUGGAAACAACCUACAAGCUCUCCCCAAAACUAUUGAAGAUUGCAGAUCGUUGGAAGAGCUGAACGCCAACUUCAACGAUUUGACAACACUUCCAGACACGAUAGGGUUCGAGCUAACAAAUUUGACAAAGCUCUCCGUCAACUCGAACAAGCUUAUCGUGUUACCAAGCUCCCUUGGCCACUUAACGUCGCUUCGUGUACUCGACGCUCGGCUUAACCAUCUUGGAUCGCUCCCUGAGGAUCUAGAGAACCUCGUGAACCUUCAGGUCCUUAACGUUAGCCAGAACUUCCAGCACUUGAAGACGUUGCCUUACUCCGUUGGGUUAUUGAUAUCUCUCGUGGAGCUUGACGUUAGUUAUAACGGAAUUAAGGUUUUACCGGAUUCCAUCGGCUGUCUCCGCAAGAUUCAGAAGCUGUCCGUGGAGGGUAACCCCCUCGUCUCACCACCUUUUGAAGUGGUGGAAAAUGGUUUGGAAGCAGUGAAGCAGUACAUGAGCGAGAAGAUGACCGAGUCUAACAAGAAAACUCCGACGAAGAAGAAGUUGUGGGGCAUUGGUAAGAUGGUCAAGUUCAAGACCUUUCACGGCCUGAGCUCAUCUCCGGGAAGGUCUCCAGGAAGGAGAACCGGCGGUGACCGCCAUGGAGACGAGAGGGAAGGUUUCAUCAACGUCUCCGAUUAUCGCCAAAUCGACGGAAUCGCUUCCCCAAGACACGUGUCCCUCUUCAACCCUCGACGCCUCUUGUCUCCUCUCUCUGCGUAUUUCUCUCCUCCAAGGUAUAGGUAGACUUCUGUGUGUUUUAUAUUCACCAAACCGUCUUCACACUUUCUGUUUUUUUUUUUUUUGCAUGCAACGUUGUUUCCUUAGUAUCUAUUUUUGCAUGUAGCGUUCCUUUAUAUGUAUCAUAGACUUUUGGGUGGCUUUUGUGGCUGUUUUUCGUUUCAGUUUUGUUGAACACAUUUGUAAAUUAUGACAUAGACUUGUAGACUGAUUCAUGUCUGUAUGUAAUAAUAAUGUAAGAUCGCAUUUUGAAAAUAUUAUCAGUCGUACUA